AUGCCCUUUCUUCUGUUCUGUCCCACUACGUUACCGAACAAUGCUCUUUUUUUUUUAUUAGUCCUUGAUAGAGAGAGAAUUGCUCAUGGCCAGUUUCUUGCAUCACCGAGUUGUUCGGCCUCCUACCGGUCCAUGAUAUUCGUAAGCUGCGUCGAUAGUGCCACAUCGACGAAGUUAAAACUUAUUUAUCUACAUAAUAUUUAUCUAUCUGGUGCUGUUUCUAUCUAUCUAUCUAUUUAUCUAUCUAUCUAUCUAUCUAUCUAUCUAUCUAUCUAUCUAUCUAUCUUCCUGUCCUCGUUUUCAUUUAUGUUCUCUCUCGCUCUCUCUCUCUCUCCCAGUCUGUUCAUAUCUAUCUAUAUAUCUAUCUUUGUUCAUUACCUAUCUAUCUCUCUAUGCAUCUUUGUUCAUUCUCUAAUUUUGUUCAUUUAUCUAUCUAUCUAUCUAUCUAUCUAUCUAUCUAUCUAUCUAUCUAUCUAUGUUUCUUUCAUUGUCCAUUAUCUAUCUAUCUAUCUAUCUAUCUAUCUAUCUAUCUAUCUCUUUCUUUCUUUCUUUCUUUCUAUCUAUCUAUCUAUCUAUCUAUCUAUCUAUCUAUCUAUGUUUGUUUGUUAUCUAGCUUUCAUUGUUCAUUAUCUAUCUAUCUAUCUAUCUAUCUAUCUAUCUAUCUAUCUAUCUAUCUAUCUAUCUUUCUUUCUUUCUUUCUACCUAUCUAUGUUUGUUUGUUAUCUAGCUUUCAUUGUCCAUUAUCUAUUCAUCUAUCUAUCUAUCUAUCUAUCUAUCUAUCUAUCUCUUUCUUUCUUUCUUUCUUUCUUUCUAUCUAUCUAUCUAUCUAUCUAUCUAUCUAUCUAUCUAUCUAUCUAUGUUUGUUUGUUAUCUAGCUUUCAUUGUCCAUUAUCUAUCUAUCUCUCUUUCUUUCUUUCUAUCUAUCUAUCUAUCUAUCUAUCUAUCUAUCUAUCUAUCUAUCUAUCUAUCUCUUUCUUUCUUACCUUCUAUCUAUCUAUCUAUCUAUCUAUGUUCAUUAUCUAA